AUGCCAAAAGAAUCGCAGAAUAUUUCACUCCGGUUUAGUGUAGAAACCGUAAAACCCGUUGAACCGCGACCAAUUCACCACUGUAGGCGUUCAUACUCGCAUCCAAAGGCAGACUUCUCACCCGACCCAGUCCUCUCGCUUCAUGCUGACACUGAGGUGCUGAUUGGAAAGAAGCCCUGGCCCGCUGUCAGCCCCAGUGUGGUGGAAACAGAGCCCACUGUCUGUGUGAUAUGCGGAGUCGAUUUUAAAACACGUUCCGGGCUACACACCCAUCUGUCCCAUCACAAGCACCUCACGGGGAAGGUGGACAAGUACAAAAAGGUGCCGCUGUAUGAAUGCAAACUGUGUGCUGCAGAAGUUAACUGCACAACAGUUCUGCGCCAUCGAUGCUUUGUGAAGCACAUUGCACAGGUCUCCGAGGUGGAGACGCUUAUGAAUGCCGUGGGAAGUCCUCUUGUCUGCAUCUUUUGUAGGGGUCGAAUUCUACCUUCUAGAGCUCACUUAAUUGCUCAUUUGGUAUCUGCGCAUUCUCCACAUCGAAAUCCACUGAAAUGUGUAUUUUGCUGUGCUAAGUUUAAAUCCGACAAUCUUCUCAUGCAAGAAAUGCAUGUUUUCAUAUAUCAUGUACCCGAACUGAUAUUUCUAAAUAGGCUUGCAUAUUUUAAGGAAAUUAAAACUUCUAGUGGAUUGACAGUGGACGCAAAAGCCCCAUUUUUGUGUCUCUAUGAUCCCAGUAAGACAGAAAUCUCAAGUUGGAUUGAUGCAAUUUCGGUGCGCUCGAAAGAAUCCUGGAUCCUGAGUGAUAGGUCCAAAAACGAGGAGGAAGUAUCGAAGAUUCCUGCAAACCAUAUGUGCUAUAAGGAAUUUAAAAACCUCGCUGAGUAUACAGCACACGUCUAUUGUAACCACGCGGUACUGCCUCACUCUCGUGAUAAGGGCAGAGAGCUCAACUCCAGCGAGCUGAGACAACUGGAUGCAAUUAAGAGAGGACUGCCUGGACCCAGUGUACGAGAGCUUAUGGUGGGCUCUGUCUUGAGUGCGUUUGGAAAGUCAAGGAUUACACAAACAAACCCAUCGGAGAAACUUGACAAAUCGGUAGACGUGGAACGGAAGAGUUUGGUUCUUCGUGGUGGUUGGAACAAAAGGCAUAAGCCCUCAAAAUCCACUUGUCGCGUCUGUUUGCAUGACUAUGAAAAUGAAGAAGGCCUAACAAAGCACAUAGAAGAGUUCCAUGUUCCUGAAACCCGAAAACGUGUACAACAUCUUGCAGAUGUGGGGGAAAUGGUUCAUAUAAUAGUAUCGCACGGAGGGAAGUCAUGGUGUAACUGUGGUCUCUGUGAUCAGCAAUUUUGUGAACCGAAUCAAUGUCUUCCCGCCUUCUUGACGGUCGGACCCGCUCUGAUUGCCACCGAGGAUGAGAACCAGAGUAAGUGGGAACUUCCCGAGGAGGUAGCCAGCGCCUUCACAGAACCCCCUUCGGUUGAGAGAUUUCCUUCCUUUGAGGAGGACCUUGACGCCCUUUACUCGACCUAUGAGGCAAAACUACCCACUGUCACACUCUGCCGCAUCCUCGACUGCCAUGAAGUGAAGCACUACACCACUCUCCAAUCCACUUCAAAGUGUCCUUUCCUCCCUGUUAAACUGAUAAAUCAGCUCCUUGAGAGCCGAGGUCAUCAGGGCAAACAAAUCUUUGACUGGCUUUCAAAUAUUUCUGAUCAGUCGCCGAUGAUGGACAUGAAACCCUUCGUUUUCGAUGACCCAAACUCGAAAAAGGGGGGUAAAGGUAAGAUUACAUUUCGGCUGAACCCCGGGGAAGAUCCGCUCUCUCAGGAGGGAGUAGAAAUGGGUCAGCGAAUGCUAGAAGUCCUGGUGUCCAGGAUUGUGGAGCUGGUUCAGAGCAGCAACUCAGAUGUUGAAGAGGAGGUCCUCAAGAUGGGGAGAGAGCGAAGCGUCUCUGAGGUGACACAGAGCACCAACGAUACUUCUCUCCACAGCCUAACUAAAGGCAGCACUUCCACGGAGGUGGUAGCCACUGCGCAAAAGAGCGGUCUGCCUCGCAAGCUGAUCAAACUCUUCACCCGCAUUGGCGAGCACAAUGUGGCUGUACAUCAGGAAAAGGAAUUUACAGAGAAAGUUUAG